ACGGGGAAAUUACAGCAACAGUAAAACACCAUGAGGUGUCUCAGGAUCUUGACAAGUUAUGAUAACAAGAGCCUCGAGUAUUCAAAAAAACGUGGUGGACGAGAAAUUCCUGCAAAUGGAAUUCGCGGAUGGGGAUCUCGCUGGUGGAAAAAAUCUCGUGUACGAGAGCAGGGAGAGAUUUGGUGAAAAUGUUCGCAAAUUUUGUGAGCAUUUCGUGCAAGUUGGGGGCACUGUCCUUAUGCUAGGACGACCUCAAGCUGGUGCCGUGUGGGAGGUGGUUUCAUCAGGAAGGAGAGCUAACGAUGAAAACUUACACUCCACUUUCGACGAUGCAGCCCCGUUCAACGACGGUGACAGUGAUAAACAGUCACAAAGCAAGCGGUUUCAUAUCCCACAACCUCGUUCGUUGCUUGCACCGGAGGACAUGGCAAGUCAUCGUACCAUCAACGUGGAAGCGGACAAUUUCAGUGGCAAUGGCGGAAAGGUGAUGCAGUUAGCUCCUGGAGACCCAUUGUCUGCUCAUGCAUCACCGAGUACCACAAAGUCCAUCGGCUUCAUUUGGCGGUCGCUCGCCAGCGUGGAGGCAGUGUUAGCAGGGGACGUCGACACGUGUCGGGACGAAGGUGGUGGUGACACGUGGACGGUGCAUGCCAUUCCUUGCAGCUGUGUGAUCGACACGUCAUCUCGAGGUGCCAGUCGCUCUGCGGCUGCAGAUUUUUGCUGUUCCCUUUUGCAGGUUUACCCCUCCUCCGAAGUCGACAUUACCAUGGAGUCGGAAGGUCAAGUUAAUGGCACAUUUGUUUACGAGGGGGCCAGUGCAGCAGCCUAUGAGAUGAGAGAAAAGCCCACUGUCAUCUUCGUCUUGGGUGGGCCCGGAAGUGGAAAAGGGACGCAGUGUGCCAGGAUUGUGGAAAACUAUGGGUUUGUUCAUCUUAGUGCCGGGGAUCUUCUACGGGCAGAGGUGGCGUCAGGAUCUGAGCAUGGGGUGAUGCUCCAGAAUAUGAUGAAGGAAGGGAAGAUUGUACCAGCUGAAGUGACAGUCGGUCUCCUCCAGGCAGCAAUGGCGAAGAGCGGCAAGAACAAAUUUUUGAUUGAUGGUUUUCCAAGGGAUGAAGAUAAUCGAUUGACAUUUGAGAGAGUGACGGGCAUCAUUCCGGAAUUCGUUCUUUUUUUCGAUUGUCCUGAAGAUGUCAUGGAGAAGAGACUGCUGAACCGUGGGGAGGGACGAGUUGAUGAUAAUGUUGAGACCAUCCGAAAGCGGUUCAAGGUGUUCUCUUGCCAGAGUGUCCCCGUUGUGGAUUAUUAUGAGAGGCUUGCAAAAGUGCGAAAGGUCAAGUCAACGUAUCCGCCAGACAUGGUCUUCACAAACAUUAAACCUUACUUCACCAAGUUUUUAGAGGCUGACGUUCUUGAUGCGACACGUAAGUUGGUCAAAGCCAUAGACAACGGAGACUCGUUGACGUACCGGAAGUUUGUUGAUGAAAAAUUAACAGCCUAUGAGCCAGAAGCCCAAGGGCACUUGGUCGAGGGUCUCCCGUUCCAUCUACUCUGGCUUGAUACGGUCGAUCAGAAUACUCAAGAGGACAAGAGGGUGAUUAGUAGAAUUUGCUCGCCGUGGGUGAGAUUGCUCGGGGAGAAUGCGGCGAUCGUCGGAUACGCGCGGUUGUUCCAAGCAGCCAAGGGUCCAGUUGUGAGCACCUCUAACGAGACUCGAGUCUGGGAGAGGAGAAAGAGUGAGGACGGGGCGUUCGAAUGGAAAUUGGUACACCUUCAUCGGACCACGGCACCUAUGUGGGACACGUAACCUCUGUAAACAGAGUUAUUACAUCGCGGCCGAGUAAUGUGCCUCGAUGUUCACCGAGUUAAGUGCUGUGGGUGAGUUUGUCGCCAGAUUUCUUGAGGAAUUCAGAGGAGCGCAACGUCUGCUGAAACUCUCCUUCAGCAACUGAGCACAGGUAUUCAUCGAAUCGACGGAUUCCUUAUUCCCGUAAAACGCAUCCACACGUCUUCUCGAGUACGGAAACGAACACUUCACUUAUUUUCUGCGGACUCUGUGCGGAGGAUCGAGUCCAGUUGACCUUCAGUAGUCGUUUGCAAACGGGGUUCGGCUUUUUUUUUUUUUUUUUUUUUUUUUGUGACACUACGAUGUUUUGAGAACGUGAAUCUGUUCAUGCAGUUCACGUAAGGUGGCGCCAAAGUCUGCCGACAGAACAUGACAAGGUGCGCUUACGUUUGCCAUUGCGUCUUCGUGAUCUGUAUGCCAGGUUUUGUCAGUAGAGCAUGUCCACAUGGAGUGUCUUGGCGUUGGGUGGGUAAGUUGAAGGGGUAUCAGAGAAAAUAAAUUGGGCUGCAUGUGCAUUGCACAUGGUCACAAUCGUGCCAAGGAUCUAUAUCCGGCGCUUGUCGAUCGGUGUAGAUCUCAUCUGUGAGCGCGUGCUUGUUGUGGCACGGGUUGUACUCGUUGUGCAGCAGAGCGCUAGGUUACGUACUGCUCCCCUGCAAUUCGUAGCCGUGACUGCCGCAAUAACGGGAGCAUGAUUCAUUCUGCGAAACGACAGACGGGUUAUGCUAAAAGAACGGACAUUUGUUUAUGACUGUUCAAGUAAGCUUGUAUGCCCAAUUAGGUGGGCUCGCAACAGUUGCUGAUAGUUGACGGAAUUUGAAAUGAAGAUUACGAAGUGCCGUCAGUAUUUAUGUUGGGGGUUGUAGCAGUCUCACAUCAGUCAAGUCGUGAAAAAUCGCCGCAGUCCAAAAAACACCUGGAAUAGCAGAUUUGCGAUAGACUCCGAGAGACAGUUGGUUAGACGUUUUGGCCUCCAGCGAAGCACGACACACACACACACACACACACACACACACACACACACACACACACACACACACACACACACACACACACACACANCACACACACACACACACACACACACACACACACAGAGAGAGAGAGAGAGAGAGAGAGAGAGAGAGAGAGAGAGAGAGAGAGAGAGAGAGAGAGAGAGAGAGAGAGAGAGAGAGAGAGGUAAAUCGCUCUGGCGAUUGGUUCUGCUAGCGUCACUCACAAAUGACAGUUUUCUGUUGUCUCACAGUCAAUUAUCUUCCUCUAUUCUUCUCGACUGUCAAUUCCUUGGCCCCAUGCCCACGAAGUUGCUUGUGGGAGUUGCUGACGAUGAAAGAGGGAAUGCACAUCACGGCUUGCACCAACCCAUGCAGACAGAAAAAGACCGUCAUCGUGCGAUCGUCGAUUGGGCGGAGCAGAUAGAAAAGGCAGGCGUCCACGUAGCCAGGGUGUCCAAGUCACUUUGCACAUGCUACGGAUUCGUCAGUGCAAGGAACAAUGGGUUGUGCAUGUAUAGUAGAAACAGCUUACUUGCAUUUAUCGAAAUUUAUUCCCUGAUUAACUGAGGGAAGGGCAUCAGUGUAAAAUUUGCUGUAGCCAGUGUCAAUCCGAGGAUGCCGUUGAUUCAGGGUCGGCGGGGCACAUGAGCAGCAGACGUCGAUUGAUCAGUGGAGGCAGAGCAGCAGGAAGGGGGGUAGUCGUUGCACUUGGCUGAUAUUUGUCGGUCUAUUGAAUGAGAUUGAACAAAAAGACGCCGCCGCCGCAUCGUCAUUGGAUGACGAUGCAGCUGUCUUCUUUCUUUGCACAUUUUGCGAGGAACGCGGAUUGUCCCAUGUCCCAUUCCGACUGGAACCAUGCCAUUUCAUUAUCGGGCCCAGCCUGGCUCAACCACAGGGCAAACUGGAAACUGGAAUUGAAGUGUGUACUGCCUUCAGUCAACUUAAUCGUUGACAGAUAGGCCUUCUCUGUUUCACUCAUCUUACACGAGAGUAGGAUAUCAAUGGGUACCCCUUUAAAGGCCCUUUUGCAUUUAGGAGGUGGGGUAGAAGGAUGGAUGAAUGGACAAGACCAUGGGUUGCUUCAUGCCAGCGGUUGUGACCAUGUUCCAACUAUUCCUGUCCCUUCCCCUUCCCUUCCCGUCGCCUCCUUUUCUGAAUAACAUGGCUUUGUCGAACAGCAAUUUUAAAAUUUUUGUUUCCAACUGCAAUAAGAAGGGGAGGGUUAAAGAAGAGGCUGGCGCCUGGCGGAGAGACACAGACCUCCGAAGAACUGCCCGUCGUCUAUAAGUCGUUUCAAGUUUUUCUUCUGAGCAUUACAUCCCGUGUAUGGACGAAGUUAGGCGCACCUCGCCGGACGGGAACCUUGAUCGGAAGCCAUGCACAGCUCGCUGGACGGGAACCUGGAUCGGAAGUUACGCAUAGCUCGGCGGACGGGAACCUGGAUUGGAUGCGGUUCUUUCUCGUCUCUGGCCCUCUGCCGACCCUGGCUCCACGCCUCUGCCAACGCUGGGACCACAGCUUUGUUGAGAGUAGUUCUUUCCAGUGUCUGGCCCUCUACCGACCCUGGCUUCAUGCCUCUGCCAAGCCUGGGCCCGCAGCUUUGUUGAGAGUACCGAUUUCCAUAUGGCGGGAACCGUAACUUUAUUUGUUGAACUUGGGAGGAAUGGGAUGGUGCAAUGGACCAAACAGGCUCUGGUCUUGUGAGUUGCAAUCAGGCAUAUGACAAGAGUACUCCUGCUAGAAGGAAUGAAGGUCCAUUCUUUUUUCUUGCUGUGAAGCGUUUUUCUUAAUUUAAGCUCCCCGAAAA